GAUCUGAAGCGCCAACUCAUGAGUAACGGCCUCUUCAGCGACGAGAAGUGCUUUUUGGUGAUCUGUGGACAACAGUAUCGAUACGUAUUGAACGACGACUGUCUCAUAGAGUGGAUCAAAGCGGACGAUGUCGUCGAAGUGCACGACAGGGCCUAUUGUCACCCAACGGAUCCGUCCGCACCGCUAGAAGACGAUGAAAUUGCGGACAAAAAGUGGUCAGAAAUGAGCGCCGAAAACGAAACGCUGAGAAAAGAGUUGCUUUCGAUGCGAGAGUCGAUGGCAUUGAAGGACAGGGAAGUGUCGGCCCUGAGAGCCAAGUGCUACGUAAGUGUGAUGUGUCAGCUCGCGAUGGAUAGCCGUGAAGCGGCGCUCAGGGAUCAGAUGGCGGACCUCCGGGUGUGGAUGGAGCGCAAGGAGUGUCAGCUGAACGCCUAUAGGGAGGCGUUGGUCGACAUGAAGGCCACGAUUGAGACGAUGGCUCAGGAGGACAGACAUCGCGAUGAGUUGGCGGAUCAAAUGGCUCGCAACGGGUCGCCGUCACCGCCCGGUUCCCGACGGCUCAGCGCUGCCGACUCUCAGACCAUAGACGUAGGCGUUAUCACUGAACUCCUGAGUGAAUGCAAAAUAAUUACCACUCUUUUGAAUGGUAUGAAUGGAGAAGAAGAAGAUAAAGCGGUGACCACUCUCGAGGAGAUCAGAUCCGUUAUCGAUAGCGAUAACGAAGACAUGGAUUAGUUUAUUGUAAAGAUAAUUAUAUGACCAUUCAAUCACUU